UCAACAUGCCACCAAACUACACCUCUACUAUAGAACUCUAGACUAAAUAAGUUAAGAAUGGAUAGCCCACAGCACUGGGUGGGAGAGAAGCAGGGCUGCUGAAAAGUGCUGAAAUUUGGACAUUGUACGCCAGCGACCGCAAAUGGGAUAGCCCUCCCCGAACUGAGAACUGAACGAUAACAACUUGUCACUCAGCUUGCCGCGAAGGUGAGUGCAUAACAAAACCGGGGUAAUUGGAGUGCAAAUUACGUUUUCGAAAGGGGUGGCUUCGGUAGUGAGAAUUUAAGUGGACAAGGUAAACUCUCUCUCUCUCUCCCUCUCAUGCGUUCCGUCUCGCGCACAACAUCUAUCUCUGAAAUUCCUUUCCCCGCCUUUGUAAUGGUUUACCACUCACUCACUAAACAUGCGCGCGUGCAUGCACACACAAGCGCAUUGGGAAAGACAGUCUUCAGUUCUCUGUGUGUGUGUGUGUGUGUGUGUGUGUGUGUGUGCAGAAGGAGAGAGAGCGAGAGAGAGAGAGAGAGAAGUGGGGGCGGGGAUGAAGAAACAGGUCCGUCUGUAUAAAGCCAGGAGCAUCCACCAGAAGACUCAGAGGAUACUUGGCAGUGUAAUCUGCGCGCAGUUGGACUACCACCAUCACCGGCUGUGCGCCGCGGACCGUACCGUAUCGCUCUCCCGAAGCCACUUCUCGGACUUUAGCCGUCUAUUCACAAAUACAGGAUCGUGAACAUGAACACCUUCUCCGUGCCUACCUUUUUGGCCAUGUACCUGGCGCUGUGCGGCGGCUACCUGCGGAAUGCACAGGGUGGCUCUGUUGUGCUCAACUCGAACGCAAUCAAAAAUCUACCUGGUGGCGGAAUUUCACACCCGAGCCUGUCGGUCAGCGUUAGUCCCCGAGCAUCACCCGCGGUUGGCGGCGUUGGCCAAGCGGGAGCCACUGGCACCUCAUCGCCCUCAGGCUGCAAGGCAGACCGGCAGUGUGGAGCCAAUGAGUUCUGUAACGAGUCCCGUGGCGCAUGCCUCCCGUGUCGUAAACGGAGGAAGCGGUGUGGCCGUGACGCCAUGUGCUGUGCGGGGAAUCGGUGCAUUAAUGGUGUGUGCCAACCCGCUGAAAUGGAUGUCCCACCCCGCGUUGGUGCUGAUGACGGCACCAAACUCGGAGGCAAUGCAAAGCACGGGCAGAAUGUCACCAGUGAGCCGAAAAAGAAGACACCAAGCCAGAGUCACAAAACACCUAAAGGCGGUGAUGGGGAGACGUGUCUUCGAUCGUCCGACUGUGGCGAAGGCCUGUGCUGCGCGCGACACUUCUGGACGCGCAUCUGUAAGCCCGUGCUGACAGAGGGACAGGUGUGCACUAGACACCGUCGCAAAGGCGGCCAAGGCCUGGAAAUCUUCCAACGUUGUGACUGCAAGCCGGGACUCACCUGCCGAGUUCAGAAAGGAGCGCGACAGCAUCGCGAGGAGCAGCAGCAGCAGCAACAACAGCAGCAGCAACCAAGACAACACAGAGACUUACACACCUGCCAAAGACGCUGAGGCGCUCCAGACACAGUGUCGCCACACACACACACACACACACACACACACACACACACACACACACACACACACACUUGCUUGGGUCCCUAGGGAAUGCAGGGGGUGGACGCAGCGAGGGGUGAGAUGAAAUCCAACGCUGCGGAAGGAUGCGACGAUAGAAACGGACUGAUCGGAUUUCUCGGAUGGGAUGAGGAGAAAACGCCGCAGCCAGCGGAAAUGUCGCAUCGGAUACUCUGCUUCUGAUAUGCUGCUCCCUGAUGGCCAUCGGAAAAAAGAAAAACUGCGGAGUAAUUUAGUUUCCCUUUAUAAGGAAUUUGAUCCUGUCAAUAUUGCAGUAAAUUACUGUAUUGUAAAUACUAAACUAGAAGUGGCGCUUUGCUUGACUGGUGGAUUCAGUAACACUACUAGCCUAAUAUAAGAUCAGGUGCUGCAUGAUGCUAUUCUAGUGUAAAUGCUCUAAAACAUAUGAUUUAUAUUGUUAUGAUUGUUGUUAUUUACUACAUGUGAUAUAAAAUGCCUCUAUUUUUAUUU